UAAAAAUAAAAAAAAAAAUUCCCCUUCAUCUGCUUUCUCAUACAUUUUCUCCUUCCAAAGCAAUUUUUCUUUGCUUUGUGCCCACAAGUUCACUCUUCCAUGAACUUUCUUCUUUCAAGUGUGCAGGUUCUUUCAACAAUUUCUUAGUUGAGAGACACCAUAAUAUAUAUGGCAACAAAAGCAAAAGGAAGUAAUUUUGUUGGGAAGGAGAAAAAGGGCCCAUCUUCAAAUUCUCACAUUACAACCACUAAAAGGAUCAUCAAACCAUCCACAACUACUAACUCUACUAACAAGCCUAACUCAACCUCAUCAAAGAAAAAUAUCCCCAACUAUCUCAAGCCCACACUAACCUCACAACUUGAUUCCCCCUCUUCAAAACAAAUUAAGAGUGACUCUCCCAACAAUAAGCCUUCUCUUAACAAGAGAAGAUCUUUGGACAAACCACUUUCCUCUUCAACCUUGACAAAACAAAUACAACCCUCAAACUCAACAUUACAUGAUGCCCUUGUGUCUACUGGUUCAAGAGAGAGAUCUACACCACGUAGAUCUUCGAUUGGUCUAGUUACUAGAAACACAAACCCUUCCAAACCCAUUUCAGAUACAACCUCAAAGAUUCCUAGUAUUAGAAAAACUAGGCCACUAGUCAUAAAGAGCACCAAGAAAAUUUCCCUUACUACUACUACUACUUUAAGCGCUAAGAAAAAAUCUAAUACGGAUCAUGUUUCUGUUAACUCAACAAACAAAUCUGCUAAAGAAAUUAAAAAAACAUUAAAUGUUGAAACUGAGCAAGUUAAGGAAGUUGCAACUCAAGAAGUUGAAGUCAUAAAGGUGGAGAAUAAAGAACGCAAAGUACAUCAGGCUGAACAUGUGACUGAUAUUUCACCUAAUGUUGACUCUGAACAUGAUAUUGAACAUGUUCUUGGGGUUGAUAACUCUGAUCCAUUCCAAAACCAAGUUGAUGAUGAGAGAAUCAUUUCUAUAGUGUCAGAAGCAGAGGAAAUAGAAAAUGGGCCAUUAGAAGAGAAAGCAAAAGACUAUGAACAUGAAUUAGAGGAUGAUAAAAUAAACCAAGAUGAAGGAAGAAACAUCAGUGAAAGUGAUCACCAACAUAAGCAUUUUACAACUAAAGAAGGAUUUGUUGUUAAAGAUGAAGAUGAGGUAAUCAUAAUAGAAGAUCACAAAAGUGAGAAAAACAAUGAAAAAGAGGCAAUGGAGGAAGAAAAGGAAGCAUUUGAAGGAGUAGAAGAGGCCAAGGUUAAAGCAACACCAUCAAAACAACAAUUAGGAGAAAGGAAACAAAAGAAUAAAGAGUCUCUAUCUAAUGAUAUGAUUGAAGAAACUAGAGGCAAGCUUUUGGAGACAAGAAAGAACAAGGUGAUGGCACUGGCUGGAGCAUUUCAAACUGUCAUCGAUUAUCAAACCACAUCAAGAUGAAACAUGUUACAUGCAUUUCACAUGAAAAACACACUUUAUGCAUCUAAAGGGAAGAACAAUAGAAGAAGAAAAAGAAACCAUAAUAAGAACAAUAUAGGUAAAGAAGUUAUUCUUAUGUGUACACAAGUUUCUCUUACAAAAAUUGAGAAGGUGUUGCCUUCAAAUUUGGAUGAUUUGUUUACUAGAUUUCAAUGAACUGACAUAUAUAAUUGACAAAGCCAGAGUAUUUUUUGCUC